AUUGCAGUCACAUUAUUAUUUGUGUGCAUUGUUGUCCACACCUCAAUUCAGUGCAUUUUCUAGUAGGGAUCAUUAUGAGAUCGCAGGUUGGGACGAUGACAGCUCGAUUGUACUUCUCAUUGAUUGCUGUAUUAUGUUGUCUUUCUGGAUACUUGAGCCUGACAGAUGUUAUUCAAGGACAAACUACAGCAAAGCCAGGAGAGUGUCCACCUCAAACAUCUGGAAGCUUGUUUAAUGGGUCCUGUAACCGUGACUCUGACUGUCCCAAUGAUGAGAAGUGCUGCGGCAAUGGAAGUGGACAUUACUGUACAGCUCCUUAUACAGUGAAGCCGGGUCAGUGUCCCAAACUAAAGAGUGUUCCAGAAUGUGCUGACCUCUGUUUCCAUGAUGGCCAGUGUCCUGCCGCACAGAAAUGUUGCCCAACCACCUGUGGCCAUGUAUGUAGUGAACCAAGUGAUCAGCAAAGUGAUCAGCAAAGUGAUCAGGGAAGCGGCCCGGAAAGUGGUCAGGGAAGCGGUCAGGGAAGUGGUUAUGGUCAAGGUCAGGGUAGCGGUUACGGUCAGGGAAGCGGCUAUGGUCAGGGAAGCGGUUAUGGUCAAGGUCAGGGAAGCGGCUACGGUCAGGGAAGCGGCUACGGUCAGGGAAGCGGCUACGGUCAGGGAAGCGGCUACGGUCAAGGUCAGGGUAGCGGUCAGGGUAGCGGUUACGGUCAAGGUCAGGGUAGCGGUCAGGGAAGCGGCUACGGUCAGGGCAGUGGUUACGGUCAUGGUCAGGGUAGCGGUUACGGUCAAGGUCAGGGAAGCGGCUAUGGUCAGGGUAGCGGCUAUGGUCAGGGUAGCGGCUAUGGUCAGGGUAGCGGCUAUGGUCAGGGUAGCGGCUAUGGUCAGGGUAGUGGUUACGGUCAGGGUAGUGGUUACGGUCAAGGUCAGGGAAGCGGCUAUGGUCAGGGAAGCGGACAGGGAAGCGGACAGGGACAGGGAAGCGGACAGGGUAGCGGUCAAGGUCAGGGACAGGGAAGCGGACAGGGACAGGGAAGCGGAGAUCUCUUCAAUUCAGUGCUUUAUUCAUAUGGCACAUUUUUCCUGUUUGCUUAA